AUGAGCGAGAAAUAUUCGGGUAAGGAAGAGCUAAACGAUGCUCCGAUCACCCGGGCGCUUCCAGAUAACACAUUCUUCUUCGCCAACUAUGGAUGUUGUAUUCCGACGGAAUCGUAUGCGUGGAUACUCGUCGCGUUGUUCGUCACCGCGAUUUUGGUCCUACUUUUUUGUAUGCUAGCCACGGCGACUAUUCGAUGGAUGUACAAACGCCGAAUGCGCAAACGACUGCACGACUUGAAGCGAAAAUUUCUGAUGGAACAGUUCAAGGAGGAGGAAUUCGAGGCGAAACUCAAUUAUGUGGCUCAAAAGAAUAAAAGUGAUGUUGGUGAAGAGAAGUCGAAAGAAGAGGGGAAGGAAAAACUGGAGAUUUUGGUAGAUCAGAAUAAUCAGGGAUCCCAGAAAAAGAAGAAGCAGAGUAGUCUCCAGAAGGCCGUUGCUGGUGGUCAUCAACCUGUUGCUGGGCCGAUUUACGAUCGAGAUGAGACGCCGAUAGCGCAGAGUACCUUGGCGAGUCAAUCAAAUACCAACAACGCGAAACCACCCAUCAUCAAACCUGCUGACCGUUGGCUCCAUCUCCCGAAGAACCAGCAGAGACCCCGUCAAUUCUCCGAUGGCCCACCGACCCUACCGACACCAGUGCCACCUCAACAUCGUGUACCUUAUCAGCCGCCGGCUCCAGCUCCUCUAGCUCCACCACAAAAACCAUCGUCCCAACAGAAGCCGCCGCCUAUCUCCCCGGCACCACCACCACCACCACACCUACAAAAUCAAGUGCAUCCAUCGAUGCUACCAGCUGGCUCGUAUUACGAUCUACCGCAUAAUAUGACUGGGGGACGUCCGAGAAUCUCACCGCCCAAGAAGUCGCCACCAAAAACAAAGCCUGCAGUUCCGGAAGUAGAUUUUGGUGGCACAUCCCCAAUCAUACCAUUGGACCCCAAUGAUGUGUCCCCGGAGGUCACAAGGAAUCUGUUGGCGCCACCGACGACGACUGGCACCACGUCAUCUGGAGGAGUCUCCCCACUGACCACCACACCGACAACCGGAUCCACAACUGGAGGUACAACUACUCCAGAAUCCGCCUCUACACCACUCACCACCGGAUCCAGCACCACCACGACUCCCCAGACUCCUGUGACACCAGGCACCUCUGACUCCUCGUUCACCAAACCGCUCACCAUCCCGUCAUCUGGAUCACCGAAAAACAAAAUCCCGUCGCCACCACCGAAGAACCUUCCCCUAUCGACGGAAGAUGACAAAGUGAAACAACACUUGCAAUACGGUGGCGAUGAUAUUGUGAGUCCAGUAGUGGCGUCGGAGCAGGAGCAACAACGGAAACAGGGAGCCGGAGGACGUGGAGAGUGGAAGUAUUACUAUACGAGUGCGGAUGAGGUGGAUGGGGGAGGAGUUUCGAACAGUUGCGUUGUCACCAAGUCGUCCACCAGUCACAACCGCCACCACCGCCGCUCUGUCACCGGCUCUUGGCUCUUUGACUCGACCGGCUCGAGCCGUUUUGACUCCGCCCUCUCGGGCUCUCCUGCUCCGAGAACCUACUCUACCGUAUCCAGCUCCAUCUUGAAAACCGACUCAUCCCAAUACAAGACUGCGUCGACCGAGUCGUACCCACAUGGAGCAUUCGCUUUUCAGUAG